UUCUGGAUAGGUACCCAUACCCAUCUGCUCUGCAAAAUUGGAGACACUUAUGCAGUAGCUUUAUUUUUUAUAAGUAUUAGUUAACCAUAUAAUAAAACACAUGUGUUCAUAACCAGUUGCUUAUAUAAAAUAUUCGAUUUUUUAUUAAAUUAUGUUGAUAUUUGAUAAACGAUGUUUAAUAAAGUUCACAUGCUUAUUUUUAAUGUUUAUUAUACAAGGAAUAUAUUCCCAAAUCGAUGACGAAACAUCUGGACCCUGUGCAGAUUUUAGAAUAGGUGAUGAUGACUUGCAAGCAUACGAUUUCAUUAGGCAAUUCCAUUUGGAUGCGUUACAAAGUCAGUUUUCUGGAGUCAGCAGUGUCAGGGGUUCCAGUUCACUUCAGACUGCCUAUCGUAUUGAAAAAACAGCUGAUCUUACUGUUCCAACCAGAAAUAUUUUUCCCUUUGGCUUACCAGAUCAGUUUUCCUUUAUUUCAACAUUCCGGACACAAAAACUAAUCAAAACAUCUUGGCAUAUGGUUAAAGUGACAGAUUUAGAACAAAAACCGCAAUUCAUAAUUUCGUUAAAUCCCAGAAGACAAUGUAUAGAUUUUGAAAUAUUGAAUUAUAAUGGUAGACUGCAGUUAUUAAGAUUCAAUAAUCCGAAGAUUUUUGAUAGAAAUUGGCAUAAAAUUCAUUUUGGAGUUCACAGAGAUAAAGUGAGUUUAUUUGUUGACUGUAAACAACUGCACGAAUUACCUUUGCAAGCGAGGGGACCCAUUGAUAUCAAUGGGAACGUUUCACUUUCAAAAUUUACAAAUUCCAGAGAAACAUUUCCGAUUGAUUUACAAUGGAUAUUGAUGAGUUGUGACCCGACAAGACCCCAAAGAGAAUCUUGCUCAGAGUUACUAGAUUACACCAUCAGUGCGAGACCUGUUCUGCCAUUGGAAACUGGAGAUCUGGUUUUACCAGAAAAUAAAAAUUGCGACCUCGUAUGUCCCCGCGGACCUCCAGGAUACAAUGGAACUGAUGGUUUUCCAGGAGAGAGAGGUUAUCCUGGAGAACAGGGAUUUCCAGGGCCACCAGGUCCUAGGGGAGAAAGAGGAGAAUUUGGACGACCAGGAUAUCCAGGCUCUCCUGGAUUGCAAGGGCUUCCGGGAAUCAAGGGAUCGCAGGGGCCAACUGGACUUGAUGGAAUCCCAGGACCGCCGGGUUUUGCAGGAGCUAAGGGAGAAAAGGGUGAUGGAGGAACACAAGGACAAAAAGGCGAUCAAGGUAGUAUAGGACCGCGAGGAUAUGAUGGAAUACCAGGUAUAGGAGGACCAAGGGGGCCACCUGGUGAAGUAAUAGUUAGAAAUGAGACAAUAAUCAUCGAGGGAGCUCCAGGACCGGCAGGAUUAAGAGGCCCACCGGGGCCUCCAGGUGAAGAGGGUCUCACAGGUUCAAGAGGACCAAGAGGAGAACGAGGACCACCCGGAAUGGAUGGUUUAAUCGGGAUUCAAGGUGUAAAAGGAGAUAAAGGGGAUACAGGACGGCCAGGUUUACCAGGAAUAGAAGGUCCUCCAGGAAAACCUGCAUAUCAGAUGGAAGCAGGACUUAGUGCAGGCAUUCUUGGAUUGCCUGGACCUAAAGGACACCCUGGCCUUAUUGGUCUCCCAGGAGAAAAGGGUAGUGUGGGAGAUAAAGGAAGUCCAGGAGAAAGAGGCCUACCAGGAGAUAUUGGUCCACAAGGCAUACCAGGUUUCGAUGGGUUGAGAGGACCACCAGGCAAUGAGGGACCACCAGGAUUGGACGGUCCUAGAGGUCCACCUGGAUUCAUUGGUCCUCCAGGGGCACCAGGUCCUGUAGGUCAAUCUGGAGAGCAGGGUCCUCAAGGUGUUCCAGGCCUACCCGGACCUCAAGGUUUAAAAGGGGACUCUGGAAGCCGUGGUUUUUCAGGCCUACCAGGUUUACCAGGAGAAAACGGUGAAGCAGGCCCGCCUGGUCCACCCGGAACAGACGGAAUACCUGGGCUACAGGGUGAAAAGGGUGAAAUGGGAUUUAGGGGAUUACCAGGAAUCGAUGGUCUUACAGGGCCUCAAGGUCCACCAGGUCCACAGGGUAUAGCUGGUCGACCUGGGCAGCAAGGGCUGAUUGGAAUUAAAGGCGAUGCAGGCGCACGUGGUGCUGCAGGGUUAAUUGGCGAACAAGGAUAUCCAGGUCCCCCAGGAAUUCCUGGGCUGCCUGGAUACAAGGGUGAGAGGGGAGACGAUGGCAAGGAUGGUUUUCCUGGCACACCAGGUAUAUCAGGACCCAAAGGCACUCCCGGAGUACCAGGAUUGCCAGGCCUCAUGGGAAUAAAGGGCGAGAGUGGUAAACCAGGGCCGGCAGGCCCACCGGGUAUUCCCGGGCCUCCCGGUGAAGUCAUCAGUGUACCUAGCGAACAAAGAAUCUAUGGUAGAACUUUGCCUGGACCUAGAGGACAAACUGGAGCUCCCGGCACUCCCGGCGAAAGAGGAGCACCAGGACGACCUGGGCCACCUGGUCCACCAGGAGGUUACGAUACUAGGGUAUUCGGUUAUACAGCACCAGCCGGGCUCCCUGGGGUCAAAGGGGAACCGGGUAAACCAGGAAAAGAAGGCGCACCAGGAAUACCGGGCACCACGGUAUCUGAAGAGCACAUUAAAAAUAUAUGUGCUGCUGUUAUAAGGGAACAACUUACUGAAUUAUCUGCUAGCCUUAUAGGCCCACCGGGUCGCCCUGGGCCACCGGGACCUUCUACUCAAGGAAAACCUGGAUAUCCGGGACCACAAGGACCUCCAGGUAAACCUGGAUUUAAUGGAUCACCUGGAGACAGAGGUUUCCCAGGAUUACCAGGUGCCGCAGGACCACCAGGUUCUGUAGGUGCCCGAGGUGAAAAAGGUGAGAGAGGAGAUAGAGGUCCAGAAGGAAUUGGAAUACCUGGACCAACAGGGCCACGAGGUCCAGAAGGUGCACCCGGAAGUCCAGGAGAAGGAUUACCAGGACGAGCAGGAGAAAGAGGAGAACCAGGGCAUCCAGGUUAUGCAGGUCCUCCAGGAUUACCUGGUCCUCAAGGUACUCCAGGAUAUUGUGAAUUUUGUAACAACUAUGCCCAAAAUUACCAACAAAUGUAUGCAGCUUACCUUUUAGCAAGAAACGCGGGAAAUGAAAAGGGAUAAUAAAGCAUAUAGGAGAACGUAAAAUUUUAUUUUGAAUGCAUUUAAAAAUUAUUAACAUACAAAGAUUAUAUGUAUUUUUUCUAAUAAAUA